GUCGAUUAGGAUUUUCAUCUAAAAGUAUGAACAUAAAUAUCAGCCACCCCUCUCUGCCCGUCUAUCCUCUCACUACCCUACUAAGGAUGGGACAAAGGUUAUGACAAUCACAUGACUUCCUGUUUCGCGAGGAUUAGUUCCCAACAUGGCGGACUGUGUCGAAUUUCUUCGAAGGUUUCUUUUAUUUUUUGUAGCCUUUUUUUGUUUAUCAUUAGCGACUGUGCCUCAGGAUCAGCAAAGAAAGAUUACCAUCAAAAGCAUAUCGUGUCCAAAAAAUAUAACAGGGUGCAAUAACACAACAUACAUUAUUCAUGUUAUCGCCGAGAGUGCAGAUGAGAAGAAUUCUAUGCACUAUCUCUGGUCUGUCAUUGGCUCUCCAACAAUUGUUGCAGCUUACUUUGACACUACAGAUGUUAAUGUAUCAAUUGAUUGGAAUCAGGUCUUGAUUAACAGCUCCACAAAGGGAAUUAUGUUUACGCGACCAAGUCUUUACAUCACUGCACUUGUUAUUCCAGCUAUUUAUGAAUUUCAGGAUAAAAAAGAUGAACUAUAUUACACUGAGAAAGAUAUUGGCAAAAUUGUAAAACAUGGCUUCAAGGAGGAGGUAACACAGUGGGAAGAACCCAAAGUCGAUCACAAAAACAAUGUGACGACUUUUAGAGGGAAAAUGUUGGGAGGAACAGUUAUUUUCCAGUGCAAUGCAUCAGCAAUUAAUGACAGAGAGUCAAAAUUGCCUCAUGAACAAUUUUCCAGCAAUUCGACAGUUUUUACACUGACACUUGAUAGGUUAACAAAUCUAGAUUACAAAAAGUAUAUUCGCUUUAUAUUUGAAUUGGUCUCAUUUUCCAUGGAUGACAGUUAAACUUGUGUUACGGCUCAAAAAUCUCUUGAUGAUGAACACACUCCAGCUGUUUUUAAAACCAUUGUCAUCAACAGUACGCUUAGCAGUCGUUCAUCAUAUAGUGCAUGGAAACCUGUGGCCUACCUGAAAGAGUCAAGGAAACUUAGUAACCAAAUCCCUUCUUUUUCAUAUUUCGGCAAUGAGCAUCGUUUUAUCACUCAACAUUGUGACUCUCUCCCUUCAUCAUCCUCUACUAAAGACUUCAUUAGCAUAGUUCCACAUCUGCUUGGAAGAAAGUACGUAACAACUCGAAUGAAUAUUUCAUUUGGACAACGAAAAGAUGGCUGGUAUGAAGGUUCCAAAUAUCUCACAUGGUCUGCAAUGGUUGGCUAUGGAACUCCAAUCAAAGAUGAGUUUUCUACACUUGUGUGGUUGAUUAUAUUCAUUGGCUUUGGCACUCCCAUGCUUCUUAUUUUUAUCACCAUAAUAUACAUAAUUAUCAAGAAGGUCAAAGCUAAGAAAGAAACAUCCACAUACGGCAUAAUCAACUGACAACAAUAAUUAUGUUUUUAAAAGGUGUGAAAUUCUUAUGCAUACCGUAUGAAUAAUGGCAUAUAUAUCUUUUACAUCCCAAGAGUGACCAGCAUCUAAUUUCUUGUUACAGUAAUACUGCAGAAUCAUUCAUUACGAUCACGAGAAUAAAGAAAGUCAUUGCCAACCUAAGAAGCUUUGAUUGUUACAUAAAUUCUCCUUGCCAGUACCAAAGAAAUUGUAUAGAGAACAGUAUGGAGAAUAUGCAUACUGAUAUUAGGAUGCAAAGGGUCCAGUUGUUAUAUAAUUAUGCUGAGCUGCUAAAUAUGAUUCAAGUCUUUUUUGUAAUGUGUGCAGUUGUUUUCUGAGUGUCGAAGUACUGGUACUUACCAGUUCUGUAAGGUCAUAAUUUUCAGUGUUAAGAUCCAGGAACUGCUGUACAAAAUUAAACAGGAUUGGUUUUAGUAUGCAUUCCUUACGUGAAUAUGGGAAAAGCCAUACCAGUGCUUGGUUUUGUUUAUUGUUUUUUCUAAAAGUACAAUAAUAGAUAUGAAUUGUAUGAAAAUGGAAUAUCUUCUAAAACUGUCCACCCUAAUUUGUGGUGGUAUGAACAAGAGGGAAUAUUAUCAACAGUUCUUUGAAGUCUCAUCAUCUAAACAACAUUACUACCAUAGCAUUUUUUUAAGUCCAAGUAUGAGUUGGAAGUUUGAGCAGCCUCCGUAGCUGGUAGUUUUCUUUAAAAUUCUUAUUUUAAUUCAAACUUUAAUUUUGAAUAAUCCAACUUCAUAGUGGCAGGGUACUUUAAGAGUUAAGGAUAAUUAUUCAUGGAAUGUGAACCUUGGUUGGCUGCUUUAAAUGACGUUACAUUGUUGCUAUCUCACAAUAUUAACAGCUGAGGCAACCUUCAAGAAAGAUUUUCUUUGCCUGCAGUGUUGUACAUGCCAUUUACACCGGUAUGCUUACUUUACACCUGUACAUGCCAGGGAUAUUAAAAAAAAAAACACAUGCUGGAAAAAAGAAGAGUUUUCUCAUUUUUGAAGUUUAAAAUAUGAAGUCCACUCUCUUUUGUCGAGGCAAGAUUAAGGCCAUUGUCAUAAAAUGAUGAAGUACAGCAAUGUAAAGUUGAUAUAUUUAUUGAUGAUUAUUUUUCGUGUAUCUUACUGAAUAGUUUGUACUCUUUCUUUAUAUAAAUAAACUUAGCAUGAACAAAUUA